AUGACUCCCCAAGUCCGCCACCGUGCCCCUGUAGGCCUGACCGCGGUACCGACCACGGAGGUAAACACAUACGAUACACUACAAUGCACAACUUAUCUUUACAANCAAGAGUGUGAUUCGAGUUCAGUGAUAAACUUAAGAGAUCAUUUAUGUUCUCUAACUGAAAAAGUAAUUAGCAGAGUGGCCUUAGGGAGGAAAUAUAAUGAAGGGGGAAAAGGAAUCAAUGCUAAGGCCGUCCUAGAUGAAUUUGGUGAUCUUUUGGGUACGUUCAACGUCGGGGAUUAUAUUCCGUGGCUUGAAUGGGUCAAUAAAAUCAAUGGUCUUGACACCAAAGUGGAUAAAGUAGCAAAGGAGUUGGAUACAUUUUUGGAGAAUGUGAUUGAAGAACAUAUCAAAAAAGGAGAAUACGGUGCGGGUGAAGCUAAAGACUUAGUGGAUGUUUUGUUGGAAAUUCAGGAUGGAAAUGAAACAGGCUUUCCUCUUCAAAGGGAUUCAUUGAAAGCUCUUCUCUUGGAUAUAUUUACUGCUGGUACGGAUACAACAUAUACAGCUUUAGAGUGGAUAAUGAUAGAGCUUUUGAGGCAUCCAAGAGCCAUGGAAAAAUUACAGAAUGAAGUGCGACAAUUAGCCCAAGGGAAAUCAGAGAUAACAGAGGAUGACUUAGGAAAUAUGCAGUAUCUUAAAGCAGUAAUCAAAGAAACUGUCAGACUCCAUCCGCCGGAUCCACUACUACUUCCUCGAGAAUCAACAGAAGACGUAAAAUUGCUAGGCUAUGACAUACCUGCUAAAACUCAAGUCCUUAUCAAUGUUUGGACAAUUGGAAGAGAUCCUUUAUCGUGGGAUAAUCCGGAGGAGUACCGACCAGAGAGGUUCUUGAAUAGUAAUAUUGAUGUCAAAGGACUAAAUUUUGAGUUGAUUCCCUUUGGUGCAGGCAGGAGGGGCUGUCCAGGAAUUGCUUUUGCUAUUAUUGUAAAUGAGCUAGCAAUAGCGAGGCUUGUGCACAAGUUCAAUUUUGCAUUACCAGAAGGGAUAAAAGGGGAGGAUUUGGAUAUGACUGAAGGCACUGGCAUCACUAUUCGUAGGAAGUCACCUUUGCUAGCAGUGGCCACUCCUUGCUCUAGUUAGGAGUGUUUUUCCUCCAUUUCUUACUAUCACCAAUUCUACAUAUGCACCAAUAUUAGCCAUGGAAAAUAGUUCCCAUCAUUGCUAUGGCUAAUUGUAAUUUUACAAUCUGUAUUAAGCUUACUGGUUUGGCUCCCUUUUUCAGUAUUUAAACAUAUGUUUUAUUUUUUUGUAUGCACGAGUUCUUGAUCUAUUAUGCUUCAAGGAUAACAUUGAUGUACCGAA